CGGGGGCGGGACCUCAGCGGAGGCCGGAGCGAGGCGUCGGGAUGCAGCGCCCCGGGCCCUUCAGCACCCUCUACGGGCGGGUCUUGGCCCCGCUGCCCGGGAGGGCCGGGGGCGCGGUCUCAGGCGGAGGAGGGAACAGCUGGGACCUCCCAGGUUCCCACGUGCGGCUGCCGGGGCGUGCACAGUCUGGGACCCGCGGCGGUGCUGGCAACACAAGCACCAGCUGCGGGGACUCCAACAGCGUCUGCCCGGCCCCGUCAACGAUGUCCAAGGCCGAGGAGGCCAAGAAGCUGGCGGGUCGCGCGGCUGUGGAAAACCACGUGAGGAAUAACCAAGUGCUGGGAAUUGGAAGUGGUUCUACAAUUGUCCAUGCUGUGCAGCGAAUAGCUGAAAGGGUGAAGCAAGAGAAUCUGAACCUUGUCUGUAUUCCCACUUCCUUCCAGGCCCGUCAGCUCAUCCUGCAGUAUGGCUUGACCCUCAGUGACCUGGAUCGACACCCAGAGAUUGACCUUGCCAUCGAUGGUGCUGAUGAAGUAGAUGCUGAUCUCAAUCUCAUCAAGGGCGGCGGAGGCUGCCUAACCCAGGAGAAGAUUGUGGCUGGCUAUGCUAGUCGCUUCAUUGUGAUCGCUGAUUUCAGGAAAGAUUCGAAGAAUCUUGGUGAUCAGUGGCACAAGGGAAUCCCCAUUGAGGUCAUCCCAAUGGCCUACGUCCCGGUGAGCCGAGCUGUGAGCCAGAAGUUUGGGGGCGUGGUUGAACUUCGAAUGGCUGUCAACAAGGCUGGUCCUGUGGUGACAGAUAAUGGGAAUUUUAUCUUGGACUGGAAGUUUGACCGGGUACACAAAUGGAGUGAAGUGAACACAGCUAUCAAAAUGAUACCAGGUGUGGUGGACACAGGCCUGUUCAUCAACAUGGCUGAGAGAGUCUACUUCGGGAUGCAGGAUGGCUCAGUUAACAUGAGGGAGAAGCCUUUCUCUUGACCCUGCGAGGAGCAGAGUGUGUUCAUCUUGAGUCUCCAGCCCACAGCCAAGGUGGACGUACCUCUCUAGGAGCCUUUGCCUUAAUGUAUCUCUGCCAGGGUGGACAACUGGUUGUGAGGGACAGGGUAGGGGAGUGGGAGGGGAAGUUAAAUUCGGUCUUAUGAAGUAUUGUUAUUAAAUGUCUUUUUAAAAAGAGAAAUAUAAACAUAUAUUUUUACUAUUAAAAUACUCAGUUUUUUAAAAUAAAGUAGAACUUGAUUUCAUGUUUUAUAUGAAACAUUUACAAAAAAAAAAAAAAAAGGAGAGGUGGACUGUCUUUAAAACCGUUGACUUGAAUCUGCUGGUAAAAGCUUCUGAAUAUUAGGUUUGCUGAGAAAUAGAAAUCAAAACUUCUUUAAGCUGAUAAAAUGAGGGGCUCAGCCAGCAGUGAUUUCCUGAUGCCUUACUGGAAACUUUGUUUACUUGUCUGCUGUCUUCUGUUUUGUUUUUAGUUAGUUUUCACUGUGAGCACACAUAAUACCUGGUUACAUCUUAAGAUCAGAUUUACAAAACUGUGGAGUGGAGCGGUGUAGUAUGGAAUGACUUGAGAGUAUAAACUAUUGGGAAGAAAAUGUGGUUAUACUCUUGCUAAGAUCUGGGGGUUUCUUCAUAUCCCUGCUGUUGGAAGAAAUUGAUCAGAAAUGCUUGCCAGUACUGCCAAAGCACUGCUGUGAAAUGUGAAGUACUUGUUUGAUUUUUUAAUGAUUUACUUUUUGUUGUUAAUAUUUUUCUCUGUUACUUCUUGCAUGGUUUGGUGUCAGAAGCCCUUACCUCUUUAUAUUGUUUGCAGGUUGAAAUAAAACAGUGUGGUGCCAUUUUGA